ACAAAUCAAAAUCGACAGCGAAAAAAGCCAACAAAAUUAGUUUUCACAUUGUUAUUUUCUUGAUAAUAUUUUGUGUAUGUGUGUGGUGUGUACUAUUGUAGUUGCUUGAUUGUUCUUAAGUGUUUGUUAUUUUUUUGGUAAAAUCGAAAAUCGGAAAAUUCUGUGCUAUUUACCCGUGGCUGCCGGCUGUAUUGGGUGAGUGAGGAGCUGUAAUAUCGGGUAAAUGCUCGCUAAUUGGCAGGCGGCACGGAAAUCGUAGGAAAUGAAUGAUGCCCGGCUGUGUCGGAAAGCGGCGACUUCGCUGGAUAAAUGCCGCAUGGAAAUGCUCCACGAAUAUGUCCGAGAUCAUUGCCAUCGGGCCCGCAGCGAGGGAGUGGACGUUAAGGCGCGACGCAAACUGAUCAUAGCCAGUAUCCUGUGCUUGGUCUUUAUGAUUGCCGAGAUUGUGGGUGGCGUCCUAUCCAACAGCCUGGCCAUCGCAACAGACGCCGCACAUUUGCUCACCGAUUUUGCCAGUUUUAUGAUCUCGUUGUUUGCCAUCUGGAUUGCCGGACGCCCGUCUACGCAGCGGAUGUCCUUUGGAUGGUAUCGGGCUGAGGUCAUUGGCGCCAUGGCCUCUGUAUUCAUGAUCUGGGUUAUAACAGGAAUCCUGGUGUGGUUGGCAAUCGGACGCCUCAUCAACGGAGACUAUGAGGUGAACGCCAAGAUCAUGCUGAUCACUUCGGGGCUAGCCAUAUUGGUCAAUGUCAUAAUGGGCGUCCAGCUGCAGCACGGCCACUCGCAUGGACUGGGCGGUGGGCACGGCCACAGCCACGGUGGUUCGGCCAAGAGCAAGGAGAAGAAGGUAAAGAAGCUCGGCCUGCAGUCCCAUGCCCAUGCCACAUCCACGCCCUGCUCCGACUCGCCCACCCAGCGCAUCGAGGAUGGCGUGGCCUUCGCCCCUGAGGACGCCGAGUUGCCCGGCAGCGGACUACCAACGUACUCCUACCAGAAUGCCAAGCUGGUGGAUCCGUCACUGGAUUUGGAAAUUGCGGCCGUGCUGGCCGAGACCGCACCGGGCUCCCAUCACCAUGGAGGGUCAGCGGGUCGCGAGGCCGUCAACAUGAACGUCCGCGCAGCCCUCAUCCAUGUGAUUGGCGAUGUCAUCCAGAGUGUGGGGGUCUUUGUCGCCGCCGGUGUGAUCUACUUUUGGCCGGAGUAUGCCAUUGUUGAUCCCAUUUGCACGUUUGUGUUCUCCAUCAUUGUCCUGUUCACUACUUUUACGAUCAUGAAGGAUGCCCUUCUGGUCCUGAUGGAGGGAACUCCCAACUACAUGCACUACACCGAAGUCCUUCAGAUAUUCCAAGGCAUCGAGGGCGUCGAGCGGGUGCACAACCUGCGGAUCUGGGCGCUGAGCAUUAAUAAAGUGGCGCUAUCUGCGCAUUUGGCCAUUGCUGCCAAUGCCAAUCCGAAGCAGAUCCUGGACGCAGCCACCUCGGCGGUUCACUUGCGCUACAACUUCUUUGAGACGACCAUCCAGAUCGAGGACUAUACAACCCAGAUGGAGAGCUGCCAGCAGUGCAAUGUGCCCGAAAAGUGAGAUCUUGGCUCUCCAAUAUAGAAUAUAACAUAAUAUAUUCACUGUUUUGAACUGUCAGCUAAGAGAGAGAGAGACCGCGUAAUGAGUAAACAAAUUCAUGAUGCUGGCUAGACCAGAUAAACAAAUCAACUACAAAAUAUAUUAUUAAUAUUAGAGUUUAUGUUUCUUCUCAGUGUCUAUCAGCGAACCACAAAUCCCGGGCCUGGUUAAAUAAAUAGCCCGUAAUAGGCACCCAUCACA